CAGAUGUUAUCGAAAGAGACUAACCAAUUGAUGAAACAACUUGUUCAACUUAGCAAUUCCAAUGUAAGUGAGGAUAUCAAUUCUCCUUCUGUAUUAUGUAUUUUACAGCGAACCCUUCGAGUUCACCGAGAGCGUCUUCAAAAUGAAUACAUAGGUGUAUUGAAUAGACUACAGCGUUGUCAACGUCGCGCUGCGCAGACGGAAAAGGCUGGUAUGCGUCAGGUAUAUGCUGAAAGCAGGAGGAAAAUGGAAGAAGAAGCAUAUGAUCGUGAGAAACAGCUCCAGCGUCAACGUCAGCAAGAGAUCAAUUUGAAUGAAUUCAAAGAAAGGCAGCAAGCUUUGCAACAACUUGAACAAGAUAUAGGUGAUGUCAAUCAAAUAUUCGCUGAUUUGGCGCGAAUAGUGCACGAUCAAGGCGACGUAGUUGACAGCAUUGAGGCGAAUGUAGAACAUGCCCAAAUUCAUGUAGAGCAGGCCUCGACUAAUCUACAACAGGCGGUGUAUUAUAAUCAAAAAGCUCGUCAGAAAAAGAUGCUCCUCUUUGCUUUCUUCAUGAUACUUGUCCUUAUUAUCGGCUUAACUAUCUAUCUGGCUCGAUGA